UCCGCCCCUCCUCUCGCGGCCUUUGCUGGGUGUCUCAGGCGCUGCGCUGUCCGCCAUGCCUCCGCUUCGCUUCGCUGCCAACCUGGCGUGGCUCUUCCAGGAGAAGCCGACGCUGCCGCAGCGCAUAGAGGCGGCUGCGCAGGCCGGCUUCCGAGCGGCGGAGUUGGGCGUCCCUUACGCUUGCAGCGCCGAGGAGCUGCGGGAGGCGGCAGACAAGGCCAAGCUGGAGCUGGUCCUGCUCAACGCCCCGCCAGGUACCCGACCGAGUUGCCCGUGGCUAGAGCCCUUCCCUCGCAGACAUAAUACGGUCUCUCCACCCGGACCCAGCCUUCUCCCGUGACCUCCAUAGGCACUACUACAACGGGGUCGGCUUUUCACGGAAAGGGUGAAAAGGCAAGCAGGCAGAAGUCAGCAGGUAGAGCUUAAUAGUCUCUGCGUCUUUCUGGAAACACUAAAUCUCUUUUCUGCCUGCUGCUGUACAGCUUUUACCUUUUUUUAAAAAAACAAAACAAAGUUGUAGACCUCACCUGUUACCAGUUGAAACUUGCUACCGGUUCCUGCAGGUGCAAAGUCCACCACCUCUUUUCCUCAUUCUCUGUAUCGACCUUGGCACCCAAGAUAGUGCCCAACGCCUCCCUCUCACUUCACUGUACACUGGAUGUCUCUUUCACAGGCUUGGAGAGAAGAAAUGGGUCCAUUUUCUUGCCCCCCAAGCCCUGCUGCCUCCUAGAAUGGCCUUUUCCCUUACACUCAAAACAGUGGUUGUUUCAAUUGAAGAUAUUCCUAGUAGAGGUUAUAGACUGCCCUUCUGCUUGCCAAAGACCAAGCAAAUAAAGCUGUUUGUUCUGUACCUCUCACCUGUUCCUGACCCCAAACAUAGGAGCACUUAGCUGACAUAUAGGACAGCAGGUAUCAUUUAUGGUAGACAUCUAUUUCCUACUAUUGUUCCCUGCAACUGGUGUGUGUGUGUGUGUGUGUGUGUGUGUGUACAGUGGUACCUCGGGUUAAGAACUUAAUUCGUUCUGGAGGUCUCUUCUUAACCAGAAACUGUUCUUAACCUGAAGCACCACUUUAGCUAAUGGGGGCCGCCUGCUGCUGCUGCUGCUGCGCCACCCCUGCACGAUUUCUGUUCUCAUCCUGAAGCAAAGUUCUUAACCCGAGGUACUAUUUCUGGGUUAGCGGAGUCUGUAACCUGAAGCGUAUGUAACCUGAAGUGUAUGUAACCCAAGGUACCACUAUAUAUAUUGGGUAAAUUUUACUGCUCUUUCCCCAGGAAACCAAGACGGUGACAGGGGCUUAGGGGCAGUGCCUGGCCGCCAGCAUGAAUUCCAGGAGGCCCUGGCUUUGGCUGUGAAGUACUGCAAGGUCCUGAAAUGUCCAAGGUAGUAUUUUAAGUAGUUAAGAUAUAUGUAUAUUGAACACCAGUGUCUUCCUUGUGCCAUGAUACAGGAAUGAUCAGAAUUGCUGCAGUGGUUGUUGUGUUAAUUGAGUUACACGUCUCCUCACUAUUGCACUUUGAAAGUGAAGUGGUAUAAUUUAAGUGCCUUUUUCAUCACAGACCCAUGCAAAAGCAGCCCCUCAAACCUGGAAAGAAAGCAAAGGGCAAGUUAUGUGUUUGCCUGUUUUUUUACUUGUUUGUCAGCAUACCUGCUAGCCAUGCUAGAAAGAAUCAAUUGCUAUCCUUUAUUGAAAUGAAGCAUCUUUCCUCAUCUUCCCCCUGCCCCCACUCCACUCUGGGGUCUUCUUUGCUAAAGGUGGGAAAUGUGCUAAGGAAGGAGGCACAGGAUCUAGCCCCUUUCCAUAGCUCCGUGUCCAUAGUUCCAUAGUCUGUUUCUUGCCUUAUGCAAGGAAACCAUAAAUUUAUUUUACCAUAGCUACUGCCCCUGCUGCUGCUGCAAAUCUUCCCUUGCUCAGGGUAGUGUCUUCCUGCGUUAAAAUAUGCAGCAUGCAGCCUUUAUUAGGACAGUCUUGUAGUACAUAAAUAUUUUAAAAAGGAGAAGGGCAAUUAAAGGCCAAAUAUGAGCAAAAGGGAAGAGUCUUACAGGAAGAUAAUUUUUGCACAGUCAUGUAUUAUUUCAAGGGAGGGACUGGUUUUAAGGAGGAUUGAAGCAGGGUGGUGUGAUGGACAGAAAGUGGAAAUUUGACUCCAAAGAUAGGGAGGAGGAACAAAACCUAAGGAACAGCAAAAGCACACAGUUAGCAGCAAGGUGGAAUAAGGGGAUGCAAGGGAGGAGAGAGGUCAAGUGUUGCUGGUGAGAACAGUGGAGAUUAAGAUCCUUCUAUUAGUGAAUACACACAUUCUCUCCCAUUUAGGGCGUCCCCAGCCCUGGCGCUGAGAUUGGCACCUUUGGUAAAACUAGCUACUUUCCUGCCUGGAGUGGUUUUGUUUUAAAAUCUUGUUUAUUCAUUCACUAGUUAAAAGACAAGUGUAAUAAGAACAGCUUUUCCAUUUUAAAGGCUUUUGUCAGAGCUGGCUCCAGGUCCCAGCUCACAGAGGACCAACGCUAGCCGGCAGUAAUGUACAAAAGUCUUUAUUGAAGUACAGUUUCCAUUUUCAAGCCGGAGCGCCCCAGCUCUACGUCUAGGGGUUAGAUCGGCGAAGCUCCAUCUGAGUCUCCGCCCUGUACACCAGUUUAAGAUUCUAGCCUUACUCCACCUCUUACGCCUCUCCUUUCUCCUCUGGGUCCUGCUACCCCCGGGUCCCUUCCUUCCUGGAUUCUUCUGACGCUGACCCCCUGACUCCUCCCCUCUUUCGGCGGGCUUUGGGACCUGGCUCCCUAUCCGGGCUGCCAACUGCGCCGCCCUCCUGUACAUUUGAACUUGGCGCGCGCGCCCAGCCUUCAACCUUCCUCUCGACCGGUUCCUCGCUCCCCGAUGGAGGCGUGGCCAAUCCUGACUCAUGUCCUCCCACUGGCAGUGCGCCGCCUGAUCCCGAUGCCUGGGACUCCUCCCCCCCUACUGCACUCUGGUGUGGACGCUGGUCCUGAUUUCCAACUGCUGCUCUCUGAGUCCCCUCUGGCCCCUUCUUCCUGGGGUGUCCCCUCGGCACCCCCUUGCUCUGACCAAGGGAGCCCCUUUCUGUGAAUCUUCCGAUUCGCUGGAAAGACUCAGAGACCUCGGACCGCUGUCAUCGCUAACAUUUCCUUCGGACUCCCCCCCUCGCUCUCUAUUUCCUCCCUUUCCUGUGCCUCUGCUCCUGAACCCCUGACAUCCCUCCCCCCUCGAAGCCCCCUCUUCCCCCCUCCCCUCCUUCCGGUGUGGGUACUGGGUGCUCCGUCGUUUUGGGGUGAGUGCCGGAUACAGUUCGUCCCCGUGGCGUGCAUCCAGCCGGGAUAAGUCCGGCUCGUCCUCCGUGCUCUCGCCGACCUCAAUUUCCUCUGCUUCCAUCUCUUUGCCGCCGUGCUCGAACCGAAGGUCCUCCCCAACACGUCCAUGUCCGUCUCUCCCCGGUCUCCUCCGGGGACGUUGCCUGCCAAGGACCCCCCAACCACUUCCUGCGCCACUGCUCCUCUGGUUGAUUGUCCCACCAAUAGGAACGGUCUGAGGCAGACCCCGAGGGUGAUCCCUCCGGGGAACGUGUUUCUAGUGCCGGUUCCUCGUCCGAGGUGAACCCCUGGAAUGUGCUAGCUGAAAAUGUGGGUGUGAAAAGCCAGUCGUCGAAAUACUCGGCUGGCAUGGGCCUGUGUGGGAAAAGUGCAUGGAACUCGGUCCCUAAGCCAAGAUUCCUCCAGAGCAUAAUCUGGCACCCAACUGUUGGCGCUAGCCGGGUACCUUCCUUGGCGAGGAGGUAUUCCACUCCCUCCUCCCCCAUCUCGAGUCUAAAAUCUCUGUGACUUCGUUGACGGGUUCCCGCCUUGGCGACCCCCUUGUGGGCGUUUCCUGAACGGGUCUGGUGCCGUUCCUGGCUCCUGAAAUCUAUGAGGUGCUUUGUAGGGCGUGAGCACUGAUCUAUGGAAAACUGGGUGCAUUCUGGAUCCCUCCGGCAGUGUCAACCGGAAGGCCACUGGAUUGACCUGUGCCUCGACCUGGUAGGGUCCUAGCUGCUUAUGCCCUAGCUUCUUCUUCGCUAACGAUCUGGCCGGCACUGCCUGGGCUGCUAACCAAACCCAGUCUCCCACCUGUAUGUCUUCCCCAACCCUUCUGUGCUUGUCAGCCUGCAGUUUGUAUGCGUGCUUUGCUAGUUCUAACUGCCUCCGGCUGUUCGUGAACCUCCUGCAACUCUGAUGCUAAGGCUUCCGCUGCCUGUGGCUCCCUCCCCGCUCUCGCUAAUCCCGGGAAGGUUCUGGGAUGCCUCCCGUUGUUGGCGAAGAACGGUGUCACCCCCGUGGACACGUGCUUCGUGUUGUUGUAGGCGAACUCAGCGAGCGGCAGGUAGUCCACCCAUGUUGCCGGCUGCUGAUUUGCGUAGCAUCGCAGGUACUGCUGCAUGAUGGCGCUUGACUCGCUCCGCUUGUCCGUCUCGUCUGCGGGUGUCUCGCCGACGCUAGGUUGAUCUUGACGUUCAGGAAACCCAUUAGCUUCUGCCAGAAGUUCGAGAUGAACUGUCGCCCCGGUCGGACAGGAUAGACCGUGGCAGACCGUGAACCCUGAACACGUGGUCUAUGAACAGUUUGGCGGUCUGUUCCGCCGUGGCCACCUUCGCGCACGGAAUGAAGUGGGCCAUUUUGGUGAACAUGUCCACCACCACUAGCACUGCCGUCUUGCCCCUCGAGCUGGGUAGAUCCGUGACAAAGUCCAGGGCCACCCUCUCCCACGGUUCGAGCGGUGUCUGCAGCGGUUCGAGCAGUCCCGCCGGCGGUUUGUGCACUGACUUGGCCCUUUGGCAGGUGUCGCACCUCGAGACGUAAUCCGCGACUUCCCCCCGCAUCUUGGGCCACCAAAAAUCUCUGGCUACUAAUUCUACCGUCUUCUCUUGCCAAAGUGCCCGGCGGUGGGUGCGUCGUGCAACUGCUGCAGUACUUUCGCGCGGAGGUCGUCUCCCGGUACGUAGAGGGCCCCUCUGCGGAUGAGCAAUCCGUCGCGUAUCUGGAACUCGUCGUCCUCCGCCGUGCCCCUUUGCACCUCUGCCAUCUUUGCUUGCGCGAAGGGGUCCUCCUGCAGUGCUCGACGUACAGCAUCCAGGUCCACGGUUGCUGAAGCGCACGCCCACGCUUCGGUGCGAAAUGUGCUUGGCCGCUGCUGGUGCCGCUCCUCGAGGUAUUGCGGCUUUCUGGACAGUGCAUCCGCCAUGAUGUUGUUGUCGCCUGGGAUGUACUCUAUCCUGAAGUCGAAAUCCGCAAAGAACUCCGCCCAUCGUAUGUGCCUCUGGUUCAGGAACCUUGCCGUGCGCCAGUACUCCAGGUUUUUAUGGUCCGUGCGGACCUGCACUGUGUGUUUGGCUCCAAUGAGGAAGUGCCGCCACGCCUUGAAUGCUGCAUGAAUGGCCAGCAACUCCCUGUCCCAGAUGGUGUAGUUCUGCUCUGACUUGCUGAGCUUCCUGGAGUAGAAGGCACACGGUCUCCAGUCCCCAUGCGGGUCUUGCUGCAACAGUACUGCUCCCACGGCUCUGUCUGAGGCGUCCGUUUCAACCCUCAUCGGUCUGCUGGGAUUCACAUGCAGUAGCUGCUCUUCGGACGAGAAGAGACGCUUGAGUUUCUGGAAAGGACUGCUCCGCUUGCUCCGUCCAGAUGAACUUCUUCUUCUUGGAGCUGAGCGUGUCGGUAAUGGCCGCCGUCUGCAUCGCGAACCCCUUGAUGAACUUGCGGUAAAAGUUGGCGAAACCGACAAACCGCUGGACCUCCUUCCGAUUGCGCGGGCUCUUCCAGUCCAACACUGAGCGAACCUUGGCGCUGUCCAUGGCGAGCCCCUUGUCCGACAACUUGUAGCCCAGGAAAUCUACCUCCUUCAUGUCGAACUGGCACUUCUCCAGCUUGGCGUACAGCCUGUGCUCCUGCAGUCUCUGCAGAACUUCCUUGACGUCUCCCUCGUGGGUCUCCUCUGAUUCUGAAAAUAUCAGGAUGUCGUCCAGGAAGCAGACGCAUUUCUUGUAGAGGAGACCCGCCAAUACGUGAUGCAUGAAGGCUUGAAAACAGUGGGAGCCAUUUUGUAAUCCAAAGGGCAUAACUCUGUAUUCAUAGGUGCCCAGGGGCGUGAACAUGGCAGUCUUCCAUUCGUCGCCCUCCCGUAUGCGAAUCAGGUUGUACGCCCUCGCAGAUCCAACUUUGUGAAAACGCGUCCUUUCCUCACCGUUGCGAGCAGGUCAUCUAUCUUGGGCAUGGGAAAGGCUGUGGGCUUGGUUUUCGAGUUCAAAAUUCUAUAGUCCACCACAAGCCUUUUUGGGGCGUGUCCUUCUUCUUCACAAAGAAUACAGGACUGCCCCCACUGCCUUCGACUCCUGGAUGAAACCGCGCUCAAGUUGAGGUCUAUGAACUCCCUGAGUUCCUGCAGCCUCGCCUUCAGACAUGGAAUACAGUUUCCCGGUUGGCAGCGCGCUCUGGCAGGAGGUCAAUCUUGCAGUCAUAAGACCUGUGGGGAGGUAGCUUGUCCGCUUCCUUCUCGCAGAAAACCUCCAAAAACGCUGCGUAUUUGAGUGGCACUGCUUGCAGCGUGCCUAAUUGUAGCUGCGGGUCAUCCUCUUCCCCUUCCGGGCUAGGCAGAAUGCAAUGUUCCGCACAGUAUGAGGAGCCGAAGGUCAGUUGUCGCUGGUACCACGCCAAUGCUGGGCUGUGCCUGUGCAGCCAACUCAUGCCUAAUACUAUAGGCGUGUCCGACAGUUGGGUGACAUUGAAGCUGAUGACUUCUCGGUGAUUCCCAAUUUGCAUCACCAUCGGAGGCGUUUGCUGCACCACCUGCCCCCCCAGCAAGUCCCUGCCAUCCACCGUGACAACUUUCAGAGGCAGCGUGGCUGGCAGGAGUGCUAUGUUGUGCUCUUGAAGGAAAUCCAGUCCUAUGAAGUCUGCGUUACUACCAGAGUCAAUGGUAAUCGGCACUUCCAUAGUGAGUCCAUUGGGUAGUUGGAGCGAUGCUGUGAGCUGCACCACUGGUUUGGGCGGGAGGGGGUCUGUGGGCUGCAAAAUCUCUGGGGACGGCUUCAUUGACUUGUCUGGCUGGGCCCCAGUGCCUCUUCCUCCAACCAGACUCUGUCGUUUCCCUGCUGUGGUUCUCUCUGCUGAGUUGCUUCUGUUACUGUUGCUGAGGCUGCAGUGUGCUUGUGGAGCCUCUGGGGACACUCUUUCGCCAUGUGCUGAGCACUGUCGCAGAUGUAGCACUUCCUGUUCCUCUAGGAGGCUUCGCUUGACUGCUCCCGGUGUUAAGGCUCUGGCUGCUGACUGAGCCCUGGCGCUCCAAUCUCCAUCGGUUGCUCUCCCUCCUUGCGGAGGUGGGGAUUGCACACGCGCUGCAUCCUUGGGAAAGAGGGAGGUGCUCUCACUGGCGUACGUCCCCAACGUCCUUCUUCUCUGUUCCAUGGACGUUCUUCCAGACGCACCCCAAUUUGCAGCGCCCGCCGGACAACCUCCUGAGUGCUCUUUGGUCUCCCCCCCCUUGCAAUCUCAUCUUUCACAUUUGCAUUCAAGCCUUCCCAAAAAAGGUCUCUGGCUGGGGCAGAAUCCUUCUCCCAUCCCAGCGCAUGGACUAAUGCAAAAAGCGGGAAUGGUACUGCCUUACACUGGCUCUGCCGUGUUUGAGCCCAUGUAGGUCUGUUCUGGCGAUAUCCAUGUCUAGCUUUGAUAACAAACACGAAUCCAUCGCUUUAAUGAAUGCAUCCGCAUUUUGGAGCGCCGGAUCCUUAUCUCUCCACAGAUUGCGCAGCCACGCUUUAGCUUCCCCAUGCAAAUGGGACAAGAUAAACCCCACCUUCUCUUGCUCAUCUCUAAAGUCUUUAUCCAGCAGUUCCAGCGCAAACAGCACGUCUGCUCGGAAGUUAGGGUACUGCUGCAAAUUCCCAUCGAAAUGAGAUACCAGGCUGCCUCCUCUUUCCCCAGCCCAAUCCUCUGAUUUGGGUCCCGGUUGCCCCUGCUUAGCAAGCACUUCCAACCUGGCUUGAGAUCCCUGCAGGCGGCAGCCGCUUCCUCUUCCCUUUUCCUGGAUGCGAGUACCUCCGCGUUGAGUUGUGUCACUGCAUUUUGCAGGGCUGCUAGUUGCUGUUCUGUAGUCAUCUUGCCUGACUUUUGUGAGCUCGCGAAGCACCAAUCUUCUCCCCUCGCUGCGUCCACUCACGUUACGAGGUUUUUGGUGCAAAACUUUUGGAGAUGGAGCUUACUGUCAGAGCUGGCUCCAGGUCCCAGCUCACAGAGGACCAACGCUAGCCGGCAGUAAUGUACAAAAGUCUUUAUUGAAGUACAGUUUCCAUUUUCAAGCCGGAGCGCCCCAGCUCUACGGCUAGGGGUUAGAUCGGCGAAGCUCCAUCUGAGUCUCCGCCCCCUGUACACCAGUUUAAGAUUCUAGCCUUACUCCACCUCUUACGUCUCUCCUUUCUCCUCUGGGUCCUGCUACCCCCCGGGGUCCCUUCCUUCCUGGAUUCUUCUGACGCUGACCCCCGUGACGCGGCCCGCUCUUGGCGGCGGGCGGUGGGACCUGGCUCCCUAUCCGGGCGGCCAACUGCGCCGCCCUCCCGGACACUUGCCCCUGGCGCGCGCGCCCAGCCUACAACCGUCCUCUCGACCGCUUCCACGCUCCCCGAUGGAGGCGAGGCCAAUCCAGACUCAUCUCCUCCCACUGGCAGUGCGCCGCCUGAUCCCGAUGCCUGGGACUCCUCCCCUACUGCACUCUGGUGUGGACGCUGGUCCUGAUUUCCAACUGCUGCUCUCUGAGUCCCCUCUGGCCCCUUCUUCCUGGGGUGUCCCCUCGGCACCCCCUUGCUCUGACCAAGGGAGCCCCUUUCUGUGAAUCUUCCGAUUCGCUGGAAAGACUCAGAGACCUCGGACCGCUGUCAUCGCUAACAUUUCCUUCGGACUCCUCCCCCUCGCUCUCUAUUUCCUCCCUUUCCUGUGCCUCUGCUCCUGAACCCCUGACAGCUUUUAUUUUCUGAACACAGUGGCAUCUUUAGACAUGACGCAGCCGGUCUAUCACUCUCAUUGUGGGAGGAGCCAUAGUUCAGUGAUAAGAGCAAAUGCAUAUUCUUGCAUUGCAAGGGGUUGGACUAGAUGAUCCUCAGGGUCUCUUCCAACACUACAAUUCUUUGCUUUGCAUGCAGAAGGUUUAAUGUUCCAUCCCUGGCAUCUACAGGUAGUGUUGAGAGACACCCGCCUGAAACCCUGGAGAGCCACUGCAAAUCACUGUAGAUCAGCCUUUCUCAGCCUUGGGUCCCUAGAACUUGUUGUACUACAACUCCUAUCAUUCCUAGCUAGCAAUGGCCAGUGGUCAAGGACAAUGGGAAUUGUAGUUUAAUGACUUCAGGGGACCCAAGGUUGGGGAAGGCUGGUGUAGACAUUGCUAAGCUAGACAGACCUGUAACCUACCAAUAUAAAGUAAUUUCCCAUGUUCAUCUCAAGCGGACAUGAACUUCUGGAUGGGAUGUUUAGCAGUGUAGUCAACAGAGAUUCAAAUGAGUAGCCACAUCAAAGGGAUGAACCAACCCAUGCAGCCCCAUUUAGGUGCAUUACUGAGUAUGGAAGUGUUGCUUGCAGUCUCUGCUGUCCAACAGAAUGAGACACCUCACCUCUGAGUGCGGAGGGAGAGAAAACAUAGGCAGUAAGACACAGGCUAGUAAUGAGUGACAGAUGUUAGGAUAUUUCCAAAAGCUCACCGGCAAUACCAAUUUUGCAUGGCACUUUGCGUUACACGAAGAAAGCAGAACAAAGUGGUGCAGCUGGCUAUUUUUGUGUAAGACCAUGCCCUUUUAACUUGGAAAAUUAACACCAGUCUGUUUUUGCAGUCAUACUCGGCAACACUGUUUGGUAUUUUGCUAAACUGUAAAACAGACACACUGAAACCAAGCAGACAUAAAUUUGUCAUAACUAAUGCAAGUUCAAUUUUAGUGGGUUCACUCCAAGUAUGAUUUUAGUAGGUAAAGGUAAAGGGACCCCUGACCAUUAGGUCCAGUCGUGGUAGACUCUGGGGUUGCGGCGCUCAUCUCGUUUUAUUGGCUGAGGAAGCCGGCGUACAGCUUCCGGGUCAUGUGGCCAGCAUGACUAAGCCGCUGACUAAGCAUGACUACUAACUAUUUUAGAUACCACCAAUUAGUUAGAAAUCCCAUUCAUCCUCAAGCAACACAUGCAUGGAAAUGGUGAAAGCACAUCAUCAUUCCUACCCAACUGAUUGUGUGUGUGUCCAGCAUGGUGAUCAAAUACUACUAAGGUUUUGUCAGUCUGCCUAUAGUGAUUUUGCGUAUCUGGCCUGUGGGUGCUGUUUGUGAGCUCAUAAUCUAUGCCAAGCUAGUUGAGCUCAUGGUAAAUAACAGAAUAUAGUUUGUAUGAUUUUGAUACAGACGUUCUUGUCAUUCCUUCUACAUGUUGCAGGUGUUAGCUUAUCCCAGCUGAAACCCUGGUGUAGUGAUGUGUGUUGAUUGCUGAGUGCUGGAGGUGGCUUCGUGGGUCAGUGCAUCUCCUCAGGGGAAAAUUAAAGCGGGCAUGAGACAGCUUUCACUUCAGUAGCAUCAUAUCAGCAUCGUGGAUGCCUUGAGGGCAGAAAGCCGUCAGCACCGCUGCUUCUGUCCCUCUUCCAUCCUGAUCCAGCCUUUUGCUUACAGGAUCCACAUUAUGGCCGGGCGAAUUCCUUUGGGUGCUGAGAGGGAGGAAGUGUCAGCAGAGAUGGAAGCCACCUUCAUUGAGAACCUCAGAUAUGCUGCUGACGUCCUGGCUCAGGUAGGGGCUGUUAAGCAGCAUACCUGCACUGCUUCAUCAGACGGGUGAGGUGCCUAUUCAACACUGAUUCCAUUUGGUGGUGAGACACUUUCCUGAGCUCCAGCUCCAGAGAACCCAAGAGGCAAAGUGUUAGCAAGACCUGCUUAAAGAAGCUCCACCCCAGUUAUUAGGAGGGCACAAAGGAGUGAUUGGGCACUAGUGGCAGUGGCUAGGAAACUGGCCAGUGACAAGAAAUAAUAUAAAAGAGGUGAGCUGCCCAGCAGCAUCUUUCCUUCGCUUGCUAGCCUAAGGCACUGAGUGGCUAUUCUUCCAUUUCCUUGCUCUGGUAUUACAGGAAAAGAUCACUGGAUUAUUGGAGCCCAUUAAUAGCCGGAUUACUGAUCCCCGUUACUUCUUGACUACUCCAGAGCAAGGUAGGCCAUGGCCUAUGACUCCUCCCUUCUCCACAGAUAGGGAAUUGUCCUUCUAAAGGAGUGUUUCCCAAACUUCGGUCUCCAGCUGUUUUGGGACUAUAACUCCACCAUCCCUAGCUAGCAGGACCAGUGGUCAGGGACGAUGGGAACUGCAGUUCAAAAGCAGCAAGAGCCCCAAGUUUUGGAUACACAAUUCUAAAGCAAGGGUGGGAAACCUGUGACGCCCUAUAUGUUGCUGAACUACAACUCUUCAUCCCUCACCGCUGGCCACCGCUCCUAUUCAAUAGGAGAUUGAAUACAGCAACAUCUGAAGGGCCACAAUUUCCCCACUCAUGUUCUAGAAGUUGCUGGAGAAUGGGCUUUGGGACUGCACAAUGACAGAAAAUGGAGCAAAUUGCUCCUCACCCCCCACCCCCAGAAUCAGUUGUGAUAUUGUGAAUCUCCAUUUUUCUUCAGCUGCUGCCAUUUUGAAGAAGGUGGGAAGCCCCAGCCUGAAGCUGCAGCUGGUGAGUGUCACUAAGGAAAACUUGGCCUCAGCCAUAGAAGUAGGUGUUGGGCUUAGAGGACCUAUUACACUGGUUGGUGCAACAAGAGGCCCACCAGAGGGAUGAGAGGGGCUGAGCAUCCCCAACCUAGUGCCUUCCAGAUCCCACCACCCCCUGCCCAUUGGCCAUUUUGGCUGGGGCUGAUGGGAGGCCUAGUCCAGCCUCUGGAAGGCAGGUAGACUGUGCCUUCUUAUGUUUACUCCACAGGACAUUUUCCACUGCCAGAUCAUGGAUGGUAACCUGACUCAGAACUUGGAAAAGUAUUUCCCAAUUAUUGGUAAGACAGGAAAGGUGCAGUGGUUCCCUAGUAUGGCUUCAAAACUGGGAUCCCUUGCAGGGGUUGUUCCUAAGCAAAGGGACAGAUGCUGCUGUGGUGUCAAAACAGUUCGUCAGACCCCUAUGCCUAGUCCUUCAUUUGCCCCUGAUGGUUUCCUCCUUUCUCUACAGGACACGUUCAGUUUGCCCAGGUACCAGGACGGCAUGAGCCCGACAGCCCUGGUGAAUUAAACUUCCCUUACCUCUUCCAGCUGCUGGAGUCAAUGAGUUACAGUGGCUUUGUAGGAUGCGAGUACAAGCCCAAAGGCAAGUCUGCUUAAAUUAUCCCAAGGGAAUGGGGGGAGAUUUUGCGUUAUAGCUGGGAAAUUUUUAGGCUGCUGAUGUAACCCACUGUUUCUGCUUCACAACUACCAAAACUGGGCAUGGUGGUGGUGCUGAAAAAGUGCAAAAUUGCUGUUGCUGAUGCUUGUGGCUUCCCUUCCAGAAGGUACAUUGCAAGGGCUGGGCUGGCUGCACUCGUACUGGAAGAGUCGCGGUGUACUGGAUAGUGGAAGCUGAGGGGUUAAGUUCAGCAGCUGAAAAACUGGACGAAAGAGCAUCAGAGGUGGAGUGCAAUCACUACAUGCCAACUUGGAAAGGCAAUGUUCUUUUGUUUGUCUCUUGUUCUGGAUGCAUUUUGCCUCCUAAUAAAACAAAAUAGCAUUCCUAGGGUCUUACUCCAACUCAAGUCCUGGAAUGGCUAAAGGCUUCACUCUUGUGUCACUUUGUGUUCCUGAACAGAUUACAUUCCUGCCCGGUCUUUCCAGUAAGAAAUAAAUCCUUCUAUUUUAUUUUAAUUACUCAUUGCAGUUAUAAGGGUUGACCCACUAAAAAGGAAAGUUCACCUUCCUGGAAUCACACUAAGCAAUGAUGCUGGCAUGCCUUUCACAAGAAUGGGGACUAGUGUGGCACAAAGGAAGGGAAGUCCCUGCCUCUCCAGAUCUAGCUCUUUAGUACCACUUAGUGGCCCCGGAUGAGAUUUCCUAGAUUUAAAGGGGCAUCUUAGCCUCUAGGUUCUAUCUGCAUGCUGCCACUUAAAUUACUCGCAUUCCAGAUCUUACACUGCAGCGUAUAACCAUGGGAAGACAUGAGUGGCACAAUUCAAUCUGAGCCAGAACCAACUUCCUUAGAAAAGAAACUGGCACCAUCAUGCAAGCCUGGAGUAAGACCCUGGCACUGGUCUAGUGCAUCCUGGCAGAUACGCCAUUCUGGCAGGCUGGUGGGAACCUACUUCGCUUUGCGCCAGGGAUAAACUCAGCAGCUUGUAGGGGAAAAGCUAUGACAAAAGAUUUUUAUUGUUAUAAUUAAUGAUCCAUUUUAUUUAAUUUACUGUACAUUCACUUCAUAUAUAUAUAAAAAUUCCCAUCAUUGUGCAGUUCCCUCUCGCUAAAACUCAUCCAAUGAGUCACUCUUAAAAGCACCAGGCCAAGUCACCAGCUCCACUUGCCUUUGAGCCCUGGCGCCAAAGUGCCCAAGGGAAGGUGGCACAUCUGUCCAUAUAUGCCUCAGCCUAUAGUUUUUUAGGGAAGGUGCUUACCGCCCCCCCCCCCCCCGCUUAAGGCUGUGCUCUGGUCUCCAGAGCGGUCCCCCUCCCUUGAUUCUGUUCGGCUCAGUCAGGCUUCAAAGUGUCCUAACCAAGCUCUUACCCAGCCAGCUGUAGCCUCACAUCGCCCACUACGGUCCCCCAUGUGUGCUUCUGCCACUUGCGGUGCCCUCUUCGCCCCAGCUGGGCCUGUGCAGUGUGCCCCAGGUGGAAGGAGCCAACCAACACUAGAGCAGCCCUGUCCAGAGAUUGAAGCAAGCUGUGUUUAUGACCGAUUCCAGAUGGUGGUACGUGGACACCAGCUGCGGCAAGGGGCUCUCGCUGUUCUGGGGCUGUACUGGGAAUGGUUCUCGAAACACCACGGUCAGGCUCUGCAAAAAAAGACAGCUGGGUUAACAAAUGGCACUAGCAAGGCACAGGGAUCUAGCCAUCUGCCCAUAGUUAAGCAACAAAGCUCCCCGAUAGCCUUUCCUUAGGCCAAAGACUCCUCUUGGGAAGGCUGUUCAGAGAGGAUAACUCCAGGACAUUUGAGUUAGCAGUGCCUGGUGCAACACAGAGCGGGCAGAGCUAGUUAGACGUUCAAAGCCAAAACAGCAGCCCCAGGGCUCAGAAGUUUUAUGUCACCAGUACCCCUUGAACUGCUGAGCUAUGAAGAAGGGUCUUACCGUUUUUCCUGAAUGGGAAUCAAGGAAUACGAGCACAAAACAGUCUGUGAAUUUCUGGUUCAGCACGACCUGCAGAGUUGGGGGCAAGAGCGCUGCAUCAAGAGAGAAUCAUCCCUCACAUUAAAGGAAGCAAGGCAAUAAUUGCAUUGUUCCCACUGGGAGGGUCAGAACUUUUUUCUGGGGGGUAGGGCAGAUGGGUAGGAAAAAACCAGUGGGCAAGGGAAACAGAAGUCCAUAAAGCCUCUUGAUCUCACUCACCCACCUCCAAAUCCUGGACUGAAACAACCUUCCAGUAACUAGAGGGCAGCUUCUAAUAAGGAAAGAAACCUGAAGGACUGCAUUUCAGAAUUUCUUUCCAUUGUCGAGCCAAGGGGAGCUGGCACGGAUGAGUGAAAAUGCCAAACCUGACCAAGCAAAAUGAUCAAAGUUCGCUCUUGAUUUAACUGACAGGAAAGCUGGUUAGCAAGGAGAGGCCCACAGCUGGAGAAAAUGACCCUGGAAGGGACUUACCAGGUACUGGGUGCCAGCAUCUGCGUUCUGGAAAUGGCGGCAGCUCUGGGGGAAACGGCUCAGCAGCACCUUGAUAAGACUCUGGUACCAGGAGACUGUCAUGGUGAGGAAGCAACUCUGCCACAAAGAGAGAGAAAAAUGAACGUAAGCCACUGAGAGAACAGACUGCUAGAUUAGUUGGGCUCUGGUCUGCUCCAGCAGGGCUCUUUAGCAUCCCGUAGCUUGGACCAUGCUGGGGUCCUCUGAGUGUUUUCUGCCCACCACAGUAUGUCACAAGUGUGCAUACACCCAUACAACAUGCACCCCCACUGACUCAACCAGCUCAACUCACCAGCUGGGGAUCAAUGUCAGCAAUCGAUUUCCUGUGCACGGCGUCCAGCAGCUCCUCCAACUCGCCGAGGGAGAGCUUGCCCAGCUUGAGCUUGUCGGAGGCAAGCGGCUCAAGCAGGAAGAGCCUCUUCCAGAGGUUGUCUCGGCGGCAGUGGCACUUGGCAAGCUGGACCAUGCUGCUGAGCUGCUUCUGGGCAGCAGCCACCUCGGAGGCAAGAAGCGGGAAGAGCGGGGAUGUGUAGAAGAGCCCGGGGCCCACCUUGACCUGGGGACCUCCUGCAUAGAACUCCCCACUGUCCUCCACCUCCUCCCAGGGCUCUGGCACUUCCUUCCGCUGCCAGCCCCCCUCUGCCGUCUCCCAGGCGGCACGUCCCAGAACUGGCUCCAGCGUGUCCCGUUGCAGGCGUGGCAGCUUUUUGAAACGGCGCAUGUCAGCCGUUAGUCGUGGAAACAGCUCCCGUUGGCUUGUCAUGAUCACGUAGAAGUGCAACCUGGGAGGAAGGGAACAGUUGCCAUUGCUGCUUAUUGCCUAUCUCGCUCACCAACAGCCCCACAGUGUGGCCUCUUGCAGAUAAACAGCAAUUGUGCUGCUCUCCACUUCACGUGUCCAUUAAGUACCUGGUCAACCCAUGGCCUAGACUGGGUCCCUGCAGCCCAAACUUAAGGUCCUUAAGGUCCACAAAUGACAACAUUUUGGAGGUCCCAGGUCGCAAGGUGGUUAGAUUGGUCUCAACUAGGGCCAGGGCCUUUUCAGUACUGGCCCCGACUUGGUGGAACGCUCUGCCACAAGAGACUAGGGCCCUGCGGGACUUGACAUCUUUCCGCAGGGCCUGCAAGACAGAGCUGUUCCGCCUGGCCUUUGGUUUGGACUCAGUCUGACCCUUAUGUUUCCCUCCCCUUAUGAUCUUGAUUUAUCGGCUACUUUUAAAAUGAGGCUGCGUUUUAAAUUGCAUUUUAACCUGUGUUUUAAAUCGGUUCCCCGCCCCCUAUUAUGUUUUUACUGUGAUUUUAUUGGUGUUAGCCGCCCUGGG